CGCGCUCGGCCAUGGCGGAGGCCUCUGUUGGCCGGCAGAGCCCCAGGGUGGUUCCAUACCCAGCCCGUGGCCUGUGUCCUGGAGAGCCCUCCCUUCAGAGCGCUGCAGUUGUGUCAAUGGGCUCAGCUGAUCAUCGACUGAACCUGGCAGAGAUCCUUUCCCAGAACUAUGGUGUGAGGGAAGAAAGGGAGGAAGAUGAUGCUCAGGAGAAGCAGAAAUCUUUAGAAGAGCUGGAGAAGAGUUUCAGUGCCUCUCAGAGCAGUGAAAUGCCAUUUGAGGAGCUGCUUGCACUGUAUGGCUAUGAGGCAUCAGAUCCCAUCUCGGAGCAGGACAGUGAGAGCAAUGACAUCGCUCCCAACCUCCCUGACAUGACUCUGGAUAAGGAACAAAUAGCGAAGGAUUUGCUUUCAGGGGAAGAAGAGGAGGAGACACAAUCCUCAGCUGACGAUCUGACUCCAUCCGUCACGUCCCACGAUGCUUCGGACUUAUUCCCAAACCAGCCUGGCUCAAACAACUUCCUUGCUGAUGAAGACAAAGAGCCAUGUUCAUCACCAUGUGCUUCCUCCAUGGCUGAGGACUCAGAGGUGGAUUCCAUCCCAUCCAAUGAGUGUAAGAAGGAGAUCAUGGUUGGACCUCAGUACCAGGCCACUGUUCCCAUCCUCCGUUUGAACAGGCACAGGCAGAAAGUGCUUUUUCUGUUAGCCUAUGAGAAUGAAGAUCAGCUGCUUUGGGACCCAAACAUCCUCCCUGAGAGGGAGGUGGAAGAGUUCCUGUACCGAGCUGUGAAGCGCCAGUGGGACGAGCUGGCUGGCAGCAGCCUGCCUGAGGGAGAGGUGGUCAAAGACAACGAGCAGGCUUUGUAUGAGCUGGUGAAAUGCAACUUCAAUGCAGAAGAGGCACUGAGGAGGUUACGGUUCAACGUGAAGGUUAUCAGAGAUGAGCUUUGUGCCUGGAGCGAGGAAGAAUGUAGAAAUUUUGAGCAUGGCUUUAGGGUCCAUGGGAAAAACUUUCACCUUAUCCAAGCCAACAAGGUCCGCACGCGGUCGGUGGGCGAGUGCGUGGAGUAUUAUUACAUGUGGAAAAAAUCAGAACGUUAUGACUACUUCACUCAGCAGACUCGUCUAGGAAGGAAGAAGUACGUCCUCCACCCUGGAGCCACGUGCGUGGAAUAUUCUCACACUAAAAUUAGUAAUGUUAACCUCCCCGUGAAGAUUCCUGCUGCAAAGCACCUCCGCUUAACAGACUGCGCUUUCUUCUCCAGAAGGGAUUUCACUGACAAUGACCUGGAUGCGGUUGAAGUGGAAAACACAAAUCGUUCUCGGAGCUCCCCACCAAUUCCCUCUGCAGCUGGCUGCCUGGAUGCUCACUUUGGGCAGGAUCAGAUAGCAAUUGAGAGCACAGAGCCCCUGAGCGUGGAGAGCACAGCCUGCAGCCUGGGCAGCAUCAGUGAGUCAGGGCAGGGCUAUGAGUGCAGCACCCCCUCGGAGACAAACUGCUCCUUUGACCCCUCAGAGGAGGCACCCUCGGGGGCUGUCCCUGUGCCCUGCCCACGUCACUCUGUCACCCCCUCCGAGCCCGAGCUCUUUGCUUUGCCACCCGCGGCACCAGGACUGGCAGAGAAGCAGGAAACGUUGCAGAACUCUGGUGAGACAAUAACCAUGGACUUCACUCUCCCUGCAGACAUUAAUGAGGGGUUGCCUUUAAUUGCUGGAGCUGUGGAUUUGGACAGAGACCCUGAGGCAGUGGUGGCCCCUGCUCAAGUGUCCUUAUCGGUCACAGAUUUCGGUCUCAUCGGCAUCGGAGAUGUAAAUACUUUCCUGACUGCUCACCAGGCUUGCCCAGCACCUGUGGCUCACUCAGAGCCUCUGUCACAGUGAAAGUCUCCAGUCACAAAUUUGUCACAGACCCAGCAAGGACUUUGACCUGACUGAGUGAAAUUCUGGAACUUCCACUGUCCUGUAGGGACAGUUUGGAGCUGUCGGUCGGAAUCCGUCUUUCCAUCCUCCUUGAUCCAAGGCUACAGUGAAACCAAACACCUUUCUGCUCCAGUGUAUCCUGACACAGUUGUGCAAAGUGGUGGCUGGCUUUCCUGAGUGGGGAGGUCCCUCACCCCCCUCCUGUGCUGGCCAUGUGUCACCCUGGGUGAUGCCAGUCUGCUCAGACAGUCCCUGCCUCGGGAUGGGGACGUGUCCCUUGGCCCCAGCGGGACAGUCUGAGGUGCUUUGAGAAGAGAGAUGUGUCACCAUCAUGGUGAGGGUGCAGGCUGGGGGUCUGAGAGCCUGGGAGGGCUGCAGGGCAGUUUCCUGCAGAGAUGGGCACGGUGAUGCCAAGGGAGGCUGAUCCUUCCUCCAUGGGCAGCGUGCUGCAGUAGGAGCCACUCACCCUGUCCUCCUCCCAGCAGCCAUGGACAGGACAGACACACAGCUGCUGAUGGAUGGAAACACUGCUGUGAGCAGUGAGCAAGGGGGUCAUGCUGCUGACAAGUGCUUUGGAUAUGCUGGAGGUGGGUAAAUGAUCUAGGACAUCUCCCAUCACCUGUGCACAGCCCCUGGGACCACAGCAGGCUCAGGGAAGGGGUGGCCUGGCUGGCAGUGUCACCUUGAGUCCUGCCUGGGACACUAUCCCAGGCUUUAGAGUGGAAUGGGACAAGCUGGGCUUUAAGGACCAUGACAGCAGCUGGGCUCUCAUGCCAGGAGCUCUGGCAGCAGCCACGUGUUGACUCUCCACCAAAUGCAGGUGGGACAUGGCCUGGCCCAGCCCUUGGGUAGAAAUAUCAGGUUUUGGAAGGGGAUGGCAGCACCCACGUGUUCUGACUCUCCAGCAGCUGCAGUGGGACAUGGUCUGGCCAGUCUUUGGGCAGAAAUGUCAGGUUUUGGAAGGUGAUGCUGUGUGUGCAGCAGCGUCGUGUGCGCUCAAUUCCUUCUCACCUCCCUGUGCAGUGCUGGGCCAGGGAGAAUUUCUGUGGGGAGGAACAGGAGGUUCUGGACUCAAAAUGAUGCUGGCCAAGAGCUGUGCUGCUGCUGCUGGCAGGGGAUGACCUGAUCUUGUCUGGGCUGAAGGGCCAGAGGGUGGAAUGCAGGUGACAACAUCUGUAACUUCCCCGUUUGUUCCAACAGUUUGUCAGCAGAGGGAGGAGGUUGCUCAGCUCCCAGGGUGUCUGGGAUGUGGGUGCUAGCACAGUCCCACAGCAUCCCUGUGCCACAAAACAGGCUGUGCUGAGAGGAAAGUGUGUCUUCUCUGCCAUGGAAGGUGCCAGGUGCUGUGCAGAGCCACAGGAGCCUGUCCUUGGCUGUGCUGGAGUCCAAAGCUGCUUCAGUUUGCAGGUGUGGGGUUGGCCAUGGCUCAGUUGUUCCCAUUCCCCUUUUCCCAUGCAGGGAAUUCUCUGCACUCACCUGCUGGGCAAAGCUCCCACAAGAGCUGUGUUUCCUCCAGCUGUGCUCUGCAGCUGGGAAGGAGCUUGGGUUGAGUGUUUUGGUGGAUUUGGGGCUGUGAUUGUGCACUUGGCUCUGCUGCAGUGCAUUUGGCAGGUACCUAAACCCAGGAGGCUGCACCCUCCUUUACCUGGCUCUGGGAAGUUGUGCCCAGCCCUGCAGCAGGAGCAGGGAGACAGCAUCAAAAGCCCCAUGGGAUGUCAGGAUUGGAGCUUGUCUCACCUCCUAAGGCCCAGAUGUGGUUUGUGUGCUUUGGCAGGGGUUUGCUUUGGUGCCCAGCUCUGUGCUGAGCCCCAGGCAUGGCGUUGGCAGCCAGAGGUGCUGAGCAGGGGCCUCCCCCUCUCCUCUGCUGGGAACAGAGAGCAAACACGAGUGCCUGCUCCACAGUGGAACUGCCCAGGCUGUGAUUCCCCUUUCCUGGGGGUGACAGGAGGCUCCUUGGCUGGAGGGAGAAGAGGAGGCAGGGUGAGAGCUCAGGCAGCCCUCCCACGGAGGGCCAGGCCUUGGCAUCUCCUCCAUAGGCUGAGAACAUUCUUACUUUUCCUGAAACCAUUUUUUCUUUUGGUUUAUUUCAAGCCCUAGUGAAAGGAGAGGGGAGCUGGCUGAGGCAGAAAUCUCUCGAUGUCCUUCAGUGUUGUUUACAGAUUUGCAUGGGGUCUUUCAACAUGAGUGCAGCGCUUUUUCCACAUAACUUUGAGGGAGAGGGGUGAGAAAGGCUGGGACAGGGAGGGGGUUUGGUUCUGGUUGGUUUUUUUUGGUUUUUUUUUUUUGGUUGGGGUUUUCUUUUCUCCUUCUUACAAAGCACAUUCACUUUGAGCCGCUCCCAAUGCUGGACUCUUUUCUCCCUUGCCCCCCAGCCCUACACUGUGAAGUGACACUGCCUUGAAGACCCCUCGCCGUUAUUUAUUUAAUUAAAAACCUAAUUUGAAAGUGA